AUGGAUCCUUUAAGCGACUCACAUCAUCUGCGCCCACGAACCAUCAAGCCACCGUCUCCAUUUGUUCCAUCGUUCAAACCAAAGCCAUCGACUCUCGCUGCACUCCGCGACGCCGUGACGCCGCUUCUUCUCACGCUGCUAGCCUGCAUGCCGUUAGCCGCCCCCUCCUCUCACCAAAUGUCUCGCUCCCCUAGCCUGACCGUUUAUUCCGCCUCUGUCCUUUUGGCUGGCGCUCGUCUCGUCACCGUUCCAGCCCAUAAAUCACCCCACAAGAGUGUCCGACUUUAUUGUCAGCCACAACGGGCCAGGUUCCCUUUUGAUUCCGCAUCCAUCCGCUACAACACACUACCCGACUCGAGCGCCGCAUGA